AUGAAUAUUGAUUUAGGAUCAGCUGAAGUUGAAAAUGGUACUAAUGUCAGCCAAGUUGACAAUCAAGAGACUCAGAAUGCUACUGAAGUUGUUCGAAAAAGGGUCAUCGACCAAUCCAAUGGACAAUCAUCUCUUGCUGCUCAGGUUGCUGCAAAAAAGAAAGUAAGAAAUAAGAGGACAACCUCAAAGGUAUGGCUUGAUUUUACAAAAACUGAACUUGAAAAUGGAGAAAAGAAAAUUGAGUGCAACCAUUGUGGUUUAAAUAUGGCACCUCAAUCUAGUGGUUCAACUAGUCACCUGGGAAGACAUUUGAAUGUUCGUAUGGUACGAUUGGCUAAAAUUUCUGGUACAAAUCAAAAGGUGUUGUCUUUUCCUAGUGUUGAUCCUGAGGGCAAGUUGAACAGUUUGACUUCUUUUAAGUAUGAUAGAGAAAAGGUUAGAGAAAUUUUGGCUAAAAUGAUAAUUGUUCAUGAGUACCCAUUUAGAAUGGUCGAGCAUCCUUUCUUUGUCAUGUAUUUGAGGAGUCUAAAUCCUAGAUUUGAACCGAUGUCAAGGGUUACGAUUAGAGCUGAUUGUAUGAAAAUAUAUGCCCUUGAAAGAAAAAAGUUAAUGGCCUUUUUUACUAGUGUAAGAACAAUUAGCCUGACUUCGGAUUUGUGGACUUCAAACCAAACCGUAGGCUAUAUGACAAUCACUGCUCAUUUCGUUGAUCCUGAUUGGAAGCUACAGAAAAGGGUAAUUAACUUUUGUCAUAUUCCCCCGCCUCACACUGGUCUCAUGAUAAGUGAUUCCAUUUUUACAUGCUUGAACCAAUGGGGAAUUGAGAAUAAAAUUUCAACUAUUACUUUGGAUAAUGCAUCUAGUAAUGAUUCUGCAGCUAGGCAUUUGAAAGAUUCAUUUUCCUUGAAAGGCAACUUACAUUUUGGUGGAAAGAUUUUUCAUGUCAGAUGUUGUGCCCAUGUACUUAAUUUAAUGGUUCAGGAUGGAUUAAGCAUUAUAGGGGAUAUAAUUGCUAAUGUCAGAGAUAGUAUGAAGUAUCUAAAGGGUUCUCCAAGCAGGUUACAUAAGUUCUAUGAAAUAGCUAGGCAAUGUCAAUUGUCUAAUGUUAAGAAACUUACAUUAGAUGUCGCGACAAGAUGGAAUUCGACAUAUGCAAUGCUAGAUUCUGCUUUGAUAUAUAAAGAUGUGUUUCCAAGGUACCAUGAGAGGGAUCCUUUUUUUCGUUCUAUCCCUUCUGAAGAGGAUUGGGAAAAAAUGAUAAAAGUAAUUCGGUUUUUAGAAGUGUUUCAUGAAGCAACCACUAUUUUUUCAGGCUUUGAGUAUCCAACUUCAAAUAUCUUUCUUCCAGAGAUUUGGAAAAUCAAAGAGUUGUUACUUUCAACUUGUGUUGAUGAGUCUGAAUUUAUGAGGAAUAUGGCUAUGAAAAUGAAGGUCAAGUUUGACAAGCACUGGUCAGAAUGUAAUUUAUUGAUGGCUAUUGCAUCUGUGCUUGAUCCCAGAUAUAAGAUGUUCUUGAUUCACUUCUGUUUUCCUAAAAUAUACUUGAUUGAUGCAGAAGCAAAACGAAAUGCUGAUUUAGUUCUCAUGACUUUGCAUGAGUUGUAUAAUCACUAUGCUACAAAUCAUUGCAAAGGUAUGUCCACCAAUUCCAUUUCGUCUACUAGUAACAUUGAUUCUGCAGUUCAGUUGGGUGGUGGUAAGAAUAUGACUAAAAGCAUUGCUGAGUUUAAUACUUGGGCUCAAGGAAUUGAUCAUAUAUCUCCUUUAAAAUCUGAUUUGGAUGUCUAUCUGGAGGAAGGAAGAUACAUAUGCUCUCUAGGGGAGUCAUUUGAUGCUCUACAAUGGUGGAAGAGUAAUACUCUAAAAUUUAGAGUAUUGUCAGAGAUGGCCAAAGAUAUUCUUUCUGUUCCAAUCACUACAGUGGCUUCUGAAUCUACCUUUAGUGCAGGUGGCCGAGUGCUAGAUCAGUACAGGAGUUCUUUGAAGCCAGAAACUGUUGAAGCCUUGAUUUGCACUUCUGAUUGGCUUAGAGCUGAUUACAAAAUUUCAAAUUUUACUCUGAAUCCAAUGUAUGAUGAGGAAGGUGAGUUAACUGAUUCAUCUAGUUGCUCUGGUUCGGUGGUGUUGGAUUAA